UUCCGUCGCCUCCCUCUCAGUGUCAUCCCUGAUCUCAGACCGCCAUCGACUCUCUCUCUGUCACUCUCUGCCUCUCUCUCUCUCAAACUCUUCUCAGUCUCCAUCGUUUCUGUCUCUAUAUCUCGAACUCAAACCCUCACCCAAACUGUCAUCUCUCAUCUCAUAGACUCUCAGGCUCUGUCUCUCUCUCAAACUCUUGGACGUCGACGGUCGACCAGGCUCACCAUCUGCAGUCUGCAACUGACGAGCUGCACAAUUAGGUAGGUAGUCUGAUUGAAGAAUGGAUAAGACCAUGAAAAGCUUAAUUGAGCUUGAGACUGAAGCCGAGCAUCUCCUUUUAGCCCGACACCAGCUAGUUGAAAAUGACAGGGUGAGGAAUGGGAAUAGAGAAGCACUUACAUCUCUGAGGAAGAUAGCUCGGACAACCAAGACUAGUGUUCCAUCUCCCUUUGAGUCGAUAAUGAAGGAGAUUGUGGGGCCUGAAUCAAGACCUUUGGUGAAGGAGGUAUGCCCCACAUGCGGCAACCAUGACUCAAAUCAGCGCACUUGGAUGAUGUUCCCAGGAACUGAUGUUUUUGCAAGGAUUCCAUUCCAUGCUGCCCAUACUGUCUUGGAGUCAGAACAAGAACAACUUGACUUCGAUUCUAGAAGGCUGCAAAGCAUUGUGAAGGAAAAGUCCCUUUUGAUUUCAGAAAAAGGUGUCCUUGCAGACAAGGUCUCUCCGGGUGUGAUGAAGUCUUUGGUAACCCUGGCAGACAAACCAAAGUGAGUUGUGCUUGAUGCAUUGAUAUUCAAUCCCAUUGUAACCUCACAUCCACUCCCAACUAAGGAUAAAGGAAUGAACAUUAAUCUCUCUGGCUAGCAUUAGUAAGUUAGUAACAUAGCUCUGUGUAGACUAGUGUUAAUUUCUCAACCGAUGAAAAAUGUAUAGGAAAGUGAUUGUGUUUAUCUAUUGAGGGAUUCACGAGUCUUGUAAGAUGUUAUAUUUUUGCACACUAGUCAUAGUAGUGCUCAUUUCCUCACCAGAAAAUAUCAAUGGUAAGACAGGUUCUGCAGGAUCCCCG